GUGCGACAAUCGUGUUGGUUGCUCGGACGCGAAUAAAGAGGUGAAUUUUAGCGCGUUGACGAUAGGAGUUGUGUUGUGCUGUCUGGAAGCAAGCGGAGAAAAGUUUGCUGAUCUACGCCGGAUUACACUGAUGGAGUUAAUUCUGGCACAAAAAUAGUAAACAUGCAAUUGUCCCUGUGCGGGGCGGAAUUCAAUCGAAAAAAAAACAUUAAAAUCGUUCCAAUCGAAAGGGAAAAAGACGCAUCUUUAUUAUUGUGUGACGCUAGCGGAAAAGGGAAGGCAGCAGGUCGAGAUGCAGACAGAAACAUUGGAUGCGUUGUGUGCGCGUUACCUAAAGAUGGCGCUAGUGUGGCGACAUCGGAAUAGAAGCUGCGCUGUGAUUGGCCGACUGGCAGGCUGGAGUGAAAAUUGGUGAAAAUGUGAAAUUUCGUGAACAAUUGUGCAGUUUGGAGUGAGCAGAGACCAAGAAAAAUCACGCACGAGCCAUUUACAAUCGUUUGUGGCAGGUAAAAUGCGGUGAGGAUCGUUUGCGAGUAAAAAUUAACCCACGGCUUCGGCGCUCGAUGGUUGUCAAAAUGGCGACCGAGCGCAGCGACCAAUCAGCGUCGAGCUUCUAUCGGUGCCGUACACGGUCGGAAUUUUCCCUUAGAAUCGGGGCCUUCGCGUCAUGCUCUGCAGAAGUGCGUCUUCUGUGAGCAAAGUCGGAUCGAAAAGCUAGCGUUUUAGCGGAGCGAGCCAGCAGCAAAUCGAGCCUCCGUUUGGCUGGGAAAAAGGAAGAAAAUUGCCACUAUUUUGACAUGUGUCAGGAUGGGAAUAAAGUGCAAUAAUAAGGUGACAACAAUUUAGUGGCUUGGAAGGCAAAUUAGCGUACCGCGUAGCCGGGGAAGAUUAGUUAUCGCGCGGGGAAGGCCUUCGAUGCGAGUGGUGUAAAACGAGAAUAGAACCUAAAAUCGAUGUGCUUUGCGCUAAAAUCGUUUUCUAAUCGAGAAACACACGCUUCGUUCCGGAGACGUCAGGAGGAAAUAAUCGAAGCAUAUAAUCGCUCGGCGUCAGCUAUAGCCCGGCUAUGAACACUUUACCGAUGCAAAGUUAAGGGAAAAAGAAACCAAGAGAACAGCAGCAAGUUCGCCCGCGACAUUUUGCAUCGAAAACGCACGCACGAGAACCACACACACACACUCACACAAUGACGGGACGUCAGUCCAAUGGGCCGGGCGGCAGCGCGUCCGUCGGCAAGCGGAGAGGCCGGCCCCCAAAGACGGCCACCAUGGAGCGGCCCAAGAAGUUCCAGUACCAUCUAAUGAAGAAGCCGAAAUAUUUGUGCAAGGACGGGCAGGAUGGCAGCAGCAGCACGCCGUCGGCGUCCCGGGCCUCCUCGCCGCACGGAAGCGAAGAGAGCCGCCCCUCGACCUCCCGGAGAACGCCGGCCGCGAAGGGUACGAGAGGCCGAAAAUCAACGCCGCGCGGCCGCCCGAGCGGUCGGGGACGCGGUGGACAUAACAAUUCGUCGGCAAGAAAAGCUUACUCGUACCAUGAUUCGGAAUAUCAUUACGGUUCCGACUUUGGCGACGACAGCGACAAGAGCGACCUCGACGAUGACUAUCUGCGCUCGCCGAGCGACUCGGACGACAGCCUCGGGCACGAGUCGGAUAGCGAUUUCUCGAUGAUCAGCUCGACCGGCGGGGCCGGCAUUAAUGGAGCGCUCUAUCUGAAGGAUCCGAGCCCCGACCCGAUCUGGCUGCAGGAGCGCGAAGUGCCCCCGCUCGAGCUGCCGGAAUCGUCACAGGAUCUGCUAGUGCCUACGGACAUCGUGCUCAAGUGCACGUCCAUCUACGAAAUCAUCCGACGCUUCCGGCACCAGGUCCGGCUGUCGCCGUUCCGCUUCGAGGACUUUUGUGCGGCGAUCUGGAGCGAGGAGCAGAGCAGCUUGCUGACCGAGCUGCACAUCAUGCUGCUGAAGGGCAUACUGCGCGAGGAGGACUCGCAGCAGACCCACUUCGGGCCGCUCGAUCAGAAGGACAGCGUGAACAUUGCGCUGUACCUGAUCGACUUCAUCACGUGGCCGGAGGUGCUGCGAAGCUACAUCGAGAGCGACCCGAGCUUGGACCAGGCAGUGCUGCGCAUUCUCUCCACCACCGAGUAUCCGUACGUGCCGGCCGAGGAUCGGCUGUACGUGCUGCAGUUUCUGACGGACCAGUUCCUGAUAACGACCCAGGUGCGGGACGACGUGAUGCAGGAGGCCAUCCGGUACGACGACCACUGUCGCGUCUGCCAUCGGGUGGGGGAGCUGCUGUGCUGUGAAACCUGUCCGGCCGUGUUCCAUCUGGAGUGCGUCGAGCCGCCGCUGGUGGACGUGCCGAAAGGGGACUGGCAGUGCAAUCUGUGCAAAUCGCACAAAGUGUCCGGCGUCAUUGACUGCAUCUCGAUGCAGGAAAAGCAGGGCCUGCUGUCGCGGCAGGAAAUGCUCGGCUUCGAUCGGCACGGGCGAAAGUAUUGGUUCGUGGUGCGCCGCAUCUUCGUGGAGAACGAGGACUCGUCCCAGGUGUGGUACUACAGCACGGUGAAGCAGUAUGAGCUGCUGCUGUCCAAGUUGGAUCCGGACGAGCUCGAGGCGGAGCUGUACCAGGAGCUGGAUCAAAAGUAUCGCGACGAUAUCGUGCGCCAGAUGACGCUCACCGAAACGCUAACCAGCCAGCACAAGGGUUCGAAGAAGUCGUACUUCGAGGUUGACAAUCAGCGCGUCAGCAAGUUGCUGGACCACCAGCAGGACAGCAACAGGGAAGGCGCCAAUGCGGCGGACACGGAGGAAGGGUCGGAAAACAAAGAGGCUGAGGAGGGUGCGGGCGAGAAGGGCGCGACCGGAGAGAACGGUGCCGAACCGGGCAAAGAGCCGUCGGCAUCGGAUGAAGCCGCGGCAGCUGUGAAGGAAGAGGACGGCACGCAGCAGGUGAACGGCGGCGGAGGCAGCAAACAUGUGACACGCUCGAAGACGGGAUCGCUAACACCACGAACGUUCAAUUUGGAUGAAUUGAAAAAGAAAAAUCCAAAGGAUGAAGCUGCUGGUGGUGGUACUGCCGGCAGCGUUUCCUCCACCACGACGGCACAGGAUGGAAUUGACCGUUUGACGAGACAGAAGGUAACGCAGCUGUCCAACGGUACGCUCUACUUCAAGCUCGGCAUGGAGAAUGGGCACAAAAACUACGUCAACCAGUACGCCGUCCAUCCGAUCGCGCUGAACAAGCCGCAGCGCAACGAGGAGCGCGACAAGAAGCGGCACCUUUCGCACAAAUUUUCCCUCACGCCGGUGUCGGAGUUUAAAUGGCUGGGCGGUGGGCUGUACGCCACCCAGCAGCAAAUCAUCACGACCAUCCGGCAGACGCUGCUCGCGCUGGAGCAGGCGGUCGCCACACCGUUCAUGCAUCACAACUGGAACCGGCUGCGGAAGGUGUGGAUCAAUGCGAUCGGCGUGUGCACCCGGCCGAACGAGUUUGCCCGGGCGAUGUGCAUGAUCCAGGCGUGUCUGCGCGGGGUGGUGUUCGCUAGCGUCUGGCACGAGCAGCUGGGCCACACGAAGAUGUAUCGCAUCACGCUGGCGGAGCGGGAGGAAAAGAAGAAGCUGGAAAAGCGUGAAAAGCGCGAACGUGACGACGAGGAGGAGCGCAACCGGACGGCCAUUAAUUUCGUAAAAUAUUCGCUCGGGCUGAAGCACCAGGUGUGGAAGCAGAAGGGCGAAGAGUAUCGCAUCCACGGGCAGUGGGACUGGAUUUGGAUGGGAAACGGGCGCCGAAAGAAGACCGUUCCCGGGCGAACGACGAACGAGGCGGCCCACGUGGUGCUGCCAGUGCUGCAUCCGGAAACGCAGCAGCGAAAGGUGCAAAAGCUGGACUGGCGGUCGUACGAAGCGCUGCAGAAGUGUCGCGCGGUAAAGACGGAGCAGCAGCACCAGCCAGCGCUUGCUGCGGUCGAUUAUCUGACCGACAUUGAUUCGCUGAACGAAAAGCUGCUGCAAAAGCUGCAUCAGAUUGAAACGUUCGCUGUGCCGCAGCAGUACAGCACCGAGAUUGAUGUGUCGCGCGCACUGUCCACACCGCAGGGACGCAUCCUGUAUCCCAAGGUGGGGCGCAAAUGUCCCCUGCUGGAGGGACUGCUGCAGCGGCGCAUGAAUCUGCGUGACGCGGAAGAGCAGCGCAUCAAGCUGGCGAAGGAGCGGCAGGACGAGGGGCUGGGCGAUGAACCGGCCGUCGUGUCGAAGGACGCACCGUCCGGCGGCAACACGACUGUCAUAACGGUGCGUGUGCUACCACCCAGUGAGUGCAUCGAAAAGCAGCUGCAGCGUAUCAUCAGCAGUCGGGGUGGACAAGUGGCCGGCGCUAACCUUAAGCCGCACGUGACCGCAUAUCAGCAGCAUCUCCGCAAUCGACAGUACCGAGAGAAGCUGCAAUCGUUGGUCAACCAGACGCAGGAGCUGCGCGUGCAGUACCACUACGCCAAUCGAAAGACGGCCCAGAACCGCUGCUACUCGAUUGGAUGCAGCAUGGCUAACAGUCCUCCAACCAUGGCUUGCUAUUCGUCACUGUGUCGGCAGAAAGCAGCACUAAAGGCAAAGCUGUUUGCGCUGCUGAAGCAGAUGCAGCUGUUGGAAAUUCAGCACAACAGCACAAUACAGUCGGCGACCGCUGCUGGCGGAGCGGCCGCAGCAGCAGCGGCGGCGGCGGCUCCUUCGAAAUCCAUCCUGGAGCAGAAGCUGACGGAAGCGAAGAAGGAAAGCUUUGAAAAUUUGCUUACCAACUUUUCGGUCAAUCUGUUCAAGUCGCUGAACGACGAUUUGGAGCGAUCGAAACGCACGCUGGUGGAGUACGACGCCGAGCUGCUGGACAAACUGACCGCCGAAGUUGCACCAAAGCUGGAAGCUUCCGCUGAGGAAGGUGUCACGGUAAAGGAAGAGCCUGAUAUGCUGGCGAACGCCUCCUCCUCAGCCGCCGUGCUGGAUUGUGCCGAUGUGGUAAAGGAGGAGGUCGUGUGCAGCACCGAGGACAAUGCGAUGGAUAGUACGGCCGCGAUGCUGGACGUAACUACAACGCCGACCGUUGAGGACGCGAAACCGAUGGACGUGGACGAGGGUGACAUUUCGGCCAGUGGCAUUGCGCUGAACGAGAACUCAAACUCAAACUCGCUAGCGUCGGACGUAUCGAACGGCGACGGCAGUCGCGUUACACGGGGCCGGGGCCGCUCGUCGCGGUUAGCGAUGAAGGCCAGCGAAGAGGCGGCCAUGGCAGCGGCUACGAGCGCGUCGAAAGACACGGGCUGCGCCAACGUUUCGCCAGUGAAGCCAAAGGAAGAGGAACUGCUGCCGGAGAAGAAGCUUGCGGUGCUGAUUCCGGUUAGACCGAACCGUCGAUUCGCACUGCCUUCGCGGAGCGUGAAAAAGGAAGAGGCGGAAGAGAAGGAAGAAGCACCGGACGGAAGCGUGCGCGUGUACUCCGUCAGCAGCACGAAGGGUCGAAUUUAUCUGAAGAAAUCUCUUCCACCGGCGGUGAAACCGGCGACCGGUUCGGGCGCUGCCGGCGACGGUGGUGGCAAACCGAAAGCGGACACUCGCAUUCCCGUCCUGGGAAACGGUAAGCCACGGUACCCGGUGGUCAAUUACUUCCGCACGAAGAAGGCAGGCGUAUCGUCGAUAAUGGUGUUGCCGCGCGGUGAGCUUUUCAAGCUGGCCAAACACGGCGGCCGUCUGCCGGUGUCCGGUUUUCAUCAUCUGGCCAAAACGAACACCUCCGUUUGGCCCUACCCGUGCUCUCGGCCACUGUUUAAAACGUGCUGGCUGUACCGCAGCGUCAACCUUACGUCGCUGUCCGCGGUUGGCUUGCAGUUGCGCAUCCUUUGGACCUGCCUGCGGUGGGACGAUAUGGCCAUGAAGCCGCUGACGGCGGAUGGCAAGCAUCAGGUGACUACGGAGUCGGAAAUCAUGUCCCUGGAGCUGCUACGCCACCGGCAUGUGGGAAUGUUCAACGAGCGAUUGCAGUAUCUGCGCCGAAAGGUCGUCAUUCCGCUGGAGUUGCCCAAAACGGUGCGAGCGGAGGUACAAUCGAUCCGCUCGGGGCUGCGUAAGCGUAAGCGUGCCGAAUCGCCCCAGCAAACCGAACCGCAGGUGUCGGAAGAAUGGAUCGACGAAGACAAGCUGGAGCUGUGGGAGAUAAAGCUGUACGGCGAAAAGCAGGAGAAGCUUGCUGCCGCCUCCGCACAGCCGGUGACGCGGAACAGUACCGGCAAGCUGCCAGUGAACAACCGAAUGGCGGCGGAUUCCUCCUCCAGCGCGUCUCCCGGCGGUGGUGCCCAGUCGAACAAAUCGUCCGCCUCCGGCGGCAACAAAGCAUCGCGCGACGAAAUUAACGAAAAGAUGGAACAACAGUUGCGGCUUCAGCGGGCAGCGCAUAAUCAAAAGCGAGCGAUGGAAUUGAAGCAAGAAGGUAGCACCACUCCCAAACCGGCCGGAGUUAUUCAACGCAAGAUUUUGGUAAAGAAUGCGGACGGUACUACAAAGAUCAUUCAGCAGAAUGUGGCGGCUCCGUCCUCUAGUGGUCAGCAGCAAACUGCUACGACACCGAAACCGGAUGGUCCACAGAAGGUUCAAAUCAUUCGUGGCCCUGAUGGUAAGGUAAGCGUCCGUGGGCUGAAUCCGGGCCAACAGCUGAUACAAACUCCGGACGGCAAGCUGCACGUGCUAAGCAGCAAUCCAAAUUCACCCAAGCAAAUGAUAACCAAGAUAGCACAGAAGAUCGUAAAGGUUGGCCCAACAGGGACGCCCAGCACUUCGGCGGCCACAUCAACUGUUACCAGCGGGGAUGCCAGCAAUCCAUCGACGCCGACGCAACACAUACUGAACAAGGGAGUGCUGGUGCGUAAUGCUACAUCGACUCCCACGGCCGCUGCAACUCCGCAGCAGCCAGUCAAACAGGUGGUCCAACGUCAGCUUUUGCAAAAGGUACAAACAUCAAACGCGACAACAACCGUGCAGAACGCACAGCAGAUCGUAUCGCCGGCAACGCAGAAAAUAGUGAUCAACAACCAGAGCACACUGCAGAAGGUUAUUACCAGCGGCGGCCAUCAGCAGCUGUUGGCCACCUCUACGCCGGUACAAAAAGUGGUAACAUCGAACCUGCAGCAACUGCUACAGGGUACGCAGCAUCAGGGCGGCCAGAAGGUGAUCGUUGAACCGACGGCAGCAGCAGCGGCUGCAGCUGCAGCCGCAGCCAACACGAGCACGGCGCAGCCAACGCUACAAACCCAGAAGGUGCUGCUUGCAACAACGCCCGGCCAGCCGACGGUCACCAAACAGAUACUGAUACAGAACGCGGGCAGCGCUGGCGGAACGCCGCAACAGAUCAUCAUCAACCAUGGCGGCCAGAAGAUGGUGCAGCAAAUAGUGGCCUCGCCUGGGCAGCAGAUCAUGAUCGGCGGGCAGCGAAUCAUCCUGAACAGUGGGCAGAAAAUCGUGAGUAACACCCCAUUACAGAUCCAAACACAGCCGGCCGUUGUGUCGAUGGCCGGUGGAGGCCAGCUGACGACAACCGGAACGGUGCAACAGAUUCAAAAGGUGCAGCAGAUCGUGACCGCUGCGCAGCCGACUAUUGCGACAGCAACGCUACAGCAGCAGCAACUACAGCAACAGCAACAGCAGCAGCAGCAGCAACAACAGCAGCAGCAACAGCAGCAACAGCAGCAGCAGCAGCAGCAGCAGCAGCAGCAGCAACAGCAAAUACAGAUUCAGAUCCAGCAACCUGCCAGUAUGCAAACGAUUGCCGCGGCGUCUCAGCAACCGCAGCAGACGGUGGUUAUCAACCAGGCGCAAAGCCUUGCCCAGCAGCUUUCUAGUGGUAAACUACAGCUAGCUACUGUGGGCGGGCAGCAGGUAUUGUUGCGGCCGAUUAGCAAUAAUCAAGCACAGGUAGUUGCACAUCUGAAGACACUUCCAAAUGGUACUGCACAAAUUAUUCCCGUUGGUAAUCUAACCGAUCCUGCCCAGGCCCAGCAGCAGCAGUUGCAGCAGCAAUUACAGCAACAGCAACAGCAGCAGCAACAACAGCAGCAACAGCAGCAACAACAAUUGAUUCAGCAACAUCAAAUUCUUCAGCCUGCUGUACAACAAGUAAUGCAAACAACUUCGGACAUUAAUAGCGUCGUUCUUCAGCAACAACAGCAGCAGCAACAACAGCAGCAACAACAGCAGCAGCAGCAGCAACAACAACAGCAACAACAGCAAAUUAGCAACUCUGUGGAACAAUCGCUAUUGCAAGGACAGCCGCCAGGAACGGUCAUCAAAUGUGUUACGGCACAGGUUGUGCAUACAGGCCAAGGGCCGCGGAUUGUCUUGCAGGGAUUGCAAGGCAGUGAUUUUACGCCCCAGCAAACGGCACUGGUUCAACAGCAGGUCAAGCAGCAGCUGCUUCGAGUUCAAGAAUCAAACGGUCGUCAAGGUGGUAUGAUUGGUCCAACGAAAAUCUAUCUCGCUAUCCAGCCAGCACAGAACACGAUGGCGACGGCCGGUACAGUUACCAGCCAGCCUCCGCCACUGACGCCCGUGCAGAUAAAGCAUGACGGAACAGGGACGCCGAUACAGAUACACCAUCAAGAUAAUGCGACGGAGGAAGGUGCUGAACUGGGCAUGCAAGAAGCUGGCACUCUCCCCAACACUGCAACGACGAUACCUGCUGCUGUUCCGAUGAUUCAAGGAACAAACAACCCUAGCUCGGCCAUCGAUGAUGGAAAGCCCCGGAUCCUGUCGAACAUCAUCAUAAAUGGGGCCAACAAUGCAUCCGUGAUAAACCCGCUGGUGAAGAAAGAGCUGAUUCAAAAGGUCAGCAAUAAUCUGAACAAACAGCAGCAGCAGCAGCAGCAGCAAAAGAUGCAGCAACAGAAUGUGGUGCCGGCAGCAGAACCGGAAGCAACCGUUGUGGCAACAUCGGUCGUUGCUCCGCCGCAACAGGAUGCAGCGGACGAGGCAAAGGAAAAGGAAGGAGACCUAGAGGAGAGCAACGAGGGAAAGGAAUCGUUCGUAGUGACGUCGGAUUACAUUCAGCAGUUGAUCAAUAAUGCCCGCAAGCAGGGCAAUAAUCCGCCGGAGAUCGAGGAAAAACUGCUGAACCUGCAGCGCUACCACGAGAAGAACACCAAGACGGAAGAUCGGUCCGAUCGUACGAUUGCGCUGCAGCACAACUACAGCAACAUGACCGGCAAUCGGAGCGAAUCGCACAGCAACAGCAGCCGCACGCGCAAACGUCCGACGCCGCGGGCCGAGGACGAUGAUGACGAGUGGCAGCUGGAUACGCCGAAGCGUUCCCGUCCCUCGAAGAGCACCUCGUCCGCUGCCGGCGGUGGUGUAAGUACGCACCUCAGCCCGGGAGGCAGCAGCCGGGAGAGAAAGCUAUCCAACAACGAGACUCACGGCAGCGCCGCCGCCAGUUCGCCGAACAAACGGCGAGCAGGAGCUUCAAGCCAUCAAACGCAGCACCAGUCACCAACAGCAACGAUGAUCGUGACAUCUUCUGCUGAAGGUAAAUCGGACUCUCCCUCGACCGGACGCAAUAGAAAUGCGGAAAAGCGGAAGCAGCAGUCGUCUGCUGGCGCGAAUUGUGAUUCUUCGGGCACGGCUGUUUCACCCCAGCAGCACCAACAGAACCCUCACCAGCGGCAGAGCAAAUUACAGGCACAAUUGAAUCGUCACAAGGAACAGUUAAAGAAAGAUAUUCUCAAGAAACGAUCUCAUCUCGAAAAGGAAUUGCAGGUACAGAUACAAAAGGAACUCUCCGUCGAGCUGCAGUCGGCUUCCGGCACCACGAACAUCCGGGCGGCAUCAGCAGCAGCAACCGGUGGUGGUGGUGGUGGUGGUGGUGGUAGAGUGAUGGUGACCACAGCAGGCACUACUGCGGCAGCUUCCUUCCAGCAGCAGGAGCAGCAGCAUCAACAGCUUCAGUCGCCCUUAAUGGCCGAGUCGAGCCUGACCAAUGCGGACGAACACGAGGAGAGCGAAAAGCUGGUGCCGCCCGGUCGUGGAAGCUCGAAGCAAACGACGGAUAAGAGUUCCUCCACAGCGUCUGCAACCACCACAUCCAGAAGAAGAACAAUCGUUAGUGGUGCUAAUGCCGCAACGAAAGAACCGACCGGAGCGGCGGCCUCCGCUAAACGGGGCCAGAAACAUGCUACCCCAGCGGCAAAGUCCGGAAACGCUCGAUCGUCGGGUGGCCGUGGUGCGGGACAGUCAAAGCGGGGUGCGAAAAAGAAUAACAAAGCCCAAACGCAUUGCAUCUGCCAGACGCCGUACGAUGAUUCGAAGUUCUACGUUGGGUGCGAUCUGUGCAACAACUGGUUCCACGGCGACUGUGUCGGCAUCAGCGAGGCAGAGUCGAAGAAGAUCACUGAAUACAUCUGCAGUGAGUGUAAGCAUGCCCGGGAAACGCAGGAACUGUACUGUCUCUGCCGCCAGCCUUAUGACGAAUCUCAGUUUUACAUUUGCUGUGAUAAGUGCCAGGAUUGGUUCCACGGCCGUUGCGUCGGCAUUCUGCAGUGCGAGGCGAACAAUAUCGAUGAGUAUAGCUGCCCGAACUGCCACAUGAACAAUGCGAUCAAUUUCGCCAACAUGAAGACGCUCAGUGCAAAGGAGUUUGAAAAUCUGAAGAAACUUAUCAAACAGAUACAGCAACACAAAAGCGCCUGGCCAUUUAUGGAACCGGUCGAUCCGAACGAGGCACCGGAUUACUAUCGUGUGAUAAAGGAACCUAUGGACCUGCAAAAGAUUGAAGGUAAAAUCGAUAACAAAGUGUAUCAAACGCUGUCCGAGUUUAUCGGCGACAUGACGAAGAUAUUCGACAACUGCCGGUACUACAACCCGAAGGAGUCGCCGUUCUUCCGGUGCGCGGAAAGCCUGGAAUCGUUCUUCGUGCAGAAGAUCAAACACUUCCGCGAGCAUCUCAUCGAUCGAAACGAUGAUGCGGCGGACGUAGUGGCGGCGGCGGUGGCCGGCGGUAGUUCACUUUCACCCGUUGCCAGCCCACCGGAGGCAUCUGCCGUGACCGCGAUUGCGUAGUCUAGCAGCAACUCCAUUCUGUACAACUAUCUGCAGAAUGGUUAGCUUAUUCAUGCGAAGUGAGCGAGAGAGAGAUGAAGAAAGAGGUUGCCAAUUUUAACAGGUAGAUUUUAGUUACUUUUUACCUUUUAACCCCGGAAUAUUGUGGCGCUACACAGCAGUGUAGUGCAAACGCCGGCUUUUUUGGGGGUAACACACAAAUCCCGGACCAACGGGAAGAAAAGAGAGAGAGAGAAAGUCAGCUUUUUUGCACGUAAAUUUGUGCAAUCUAAUUACGGUAGCGUGUGGCUUGGCAAACGGUGUAGUAGUAGUGUAUUUAUUUGCAAACGUUAGGCGCAUAAGUAUGCGGUACGGAGGGCAUGGGCCGGUCCCAUACUGUAUAGAGUAGUAGGCCGGUGCGCCUCAAAUAGAUUCAGCGUGUGUGAUCUCUGACUGGACCGUGCCGCCCCGUCCCAUGCGCAUGUACAACACUGUGAGAGUUUGAUCGUGGAUCGAUUGGAGAAGGAACUUUGCUUUGAUUGACGCCACAGUAGGCGGAGAAGAUACGUAAAGAAAGAAUGUGACACACAUACACAUUCGCUCUUGCAAUAGUCAGUGAAAGAGAAGCUAUCGUUUAGUUUUCCGAUAUUCAUUAGUGUUUUUCCACCGAAUGUAACUACAUGAGAGGCAAAUUUGUGCCAAGCGUAUUGUAAAUAGAGUGUGCAAAAUCAACGAAGAGAAGCUAAUAAGAAAGAGAGCACAGAUAUAUAUUGUAUGAUAGGAACAGGAGUUUUAUGAAGAGAGUAUAUUUUAAUGUUUUUUUUUACUCUAGCUUUUGAACUCUUGCAGCACAAUGGUAGCAAUAACACGAUUGUUCUAUUUGAAAUAGAUGAUUUAACUAUUUAGUCAUACACACACACACACACACACACACACAAUCACAGGUAGUAGCCACUUAGCUAUAUUUACAUUAUUAUUAUUAUUACUACUACUACUGCUCACCUAAUUAGAGAUAUGUUACAACGAGCGAGAAUAUUCCAGCACAGGGAAAACGGUUAGUUUACGGUGCGAAACCCUUUUUUCCGUGGUAGGAUCGAGGAUGAUGAAGUAGCAGCAACGCCUUUUUUUUUAAAUCCCGAAUGCAGAAUUUGCCGUGCCCAAAACCAACAAUAAUACGCGCACAAAACAUGCAAAACGCGUUUUCUCGGUAGAGUUGCGGUAGAGCAAGGCAUAUGUGUGUACAUACAUAUGUAUAGUAUUACAUCUUACUAACUAAAUCAGAUUAAUAUGCGAUAAUGUAAUGAUUUUAUUGCUUUAGAAAGGAUAAAUAUAUAUUACAGCUAAGAUUUACAAAUUGCGCUACACUCCGUCGGUUUUUUGUGUACAGAGGGUAGAAGGUAUCCCCCUUCUACCGCUGUAUUGAAAAUUCAAUAAAAGUCCAAAUCGGGACAUCGUUUUACGAAACACAAUGUAAA